AUGACUACUCAAGCGAGCUCCGACAUACUCUGCGAGCUUUUCACGGAUAUCUUUAAUGAGGAGGGGGACGUCAAUAUUGCCACGUUGGCGGUACGACAGACAAAGACCCUGAAGAGCGCCAUCAGCGUUCUACGCAAGGAAAAACUGACGUUAUUUCGGAGCCCUUCCGCGGGAUCUAUCCUAAAUGUGAUGGACUCCAUUGUCGACAUCUCUAAUGAAAAUCUCGAACUGCUUCGCGCAAUUGGGGCCGAGUUCCAAACCAAGACGUUAAGCGAUAUUGCGAGGCUCUAUCUCGAUACAUCAUACCUUUCAGGAGGAACCAUCUCUGGUCUUGAUAGAGUCAAGUGGGAGCGUGAACUAUUUCGGCUCGAGCCAACUGCUGUUCUGUACAAUCUUGUGGCUUCAGGAGAUAUUCCCGUGGCAUCGGAAGCUAAGGCUGAGACCGAGAGACUUCUCCUUACUGCCGUUCGGGAGAAGGUUGAUUUGUCGGCUCACCCUUUACGAAGGCUGACCGACAUUGCAUCUUACAAGUCCCCUCCCAUUUCUACCUCAGUCAGCCCAGAUGUACUCGAGACCUCUAUCGAAACCAUUGAGACCAUACAGCGUCUACAAGCUGUGGUAUUGAACCCGCGUCACAUAGGCCCUCUUAUCACAAAUGGACUGCUCUCCGCGAGGGCUAUCUCCUCCAUGGAGGCAGAGGCUUUUGCAGAUCGCUUGGAGAGCCAUAUUCCUCACAGUGAUGCCAUCCAGAUACAUGAUAAUGCUUUCACCAUCACGACCCGCAAUGAGCAGACUUGGGUCGAGUUUUUGAGAUCCAAAAGUGAAUCGUUGCUUCCGGCUACGCGCACGAAAGAUUCAGAAGUUCCAGAAAUCGAGACCAAAGACGAUAAUGAAACCGAUAUUAACUUCUCUACACUUUUUGGCUCUCACAGCGAUUUUGGCAACAUGGGUUCCGAAUCAGUGCUCAGUCCAGCGGCAUAUCUUGUCGAACUUCUCAAUACGCUGCGAAGCCAUGUUAUUUCCCAAACCCACAACACGACUCUGCUAGACAAGCUCCAGGAACGCCGUGGUGACCUGCGAUGGUUGCAGCUUACUGACGAAAACACGACCACAACCAUUCCCUACCUCGAUCUUGCUAACGAGGUCAUGGAAUGCUACUUGGUCAGUAAGCAUGGAGCCCAAUUGGGAAAUGGAUACCCCAAAGCAUUGGAGAAGCUUUGCGCCGAAGCUGAGAAUGCGAAUGCUUCGUUAGUGGAGCCCUCCAACAUUCAGAUGAAUGUCUACAGCAAGCUCAUUCAGUCGGUGGUUGCUCCUCUCCAUAAGUUCCCAUAUAACUAUGGUAUUGAUUUUGUGAAGACGGCCCUCGAGCCGAUGGGUAUGGACAUUUACGAUCUUUUUACCGACUUCAUGUCAGGUCCCCGUCACCUCCUCGAAAUUCUACCCCCUGGGGCCUUCAAACACUACACUCCUGAACUUAUCACUGCUGCCGAGGAAUCUCUCCAAAGGGUGGGUUCCGCCCUCAUUUUGGGACUCGAGGAGUCUGAUUAUACUUGCAUCACGCACGAGAGCUUCAUGUCUCUCAAGCUCCUUCGGGCUGUCCUGCCUGGGAAGAGUACAAUAAGCGGCAAGGAAUACGAGAAUGCAAUUGGUUAUGACGGCUGUGCAGCAUAUUGGGGCUAUGAAGACGCCAGUGAUAUGCUCAAUAUGUCUGAAGGUGGCCUUUCCCUGAUCAAGAGCGAGCUAUUAGAACGUUGUGGCCUAGAAUAUGACGAGCUGGUUGAGGUCCUCCAGACUAGCUUUAUGAAAGGUCGCACCAUCAUCACAUCAUAUGAUGGAUGCUCUUCAAUUCCGCAGGACCUGGAAGCACUAAGGCUUCGAGCUUCUGUCUUGGUGAACGCAAAUGGUGCUCUCACUGAGUCUAUUUGUAGUGAUCUACAGAGCUUCAUUCGCCUCAGACACCGCCUUAGAUGGGAUACCAGCACUCUGGAUGCGGCACUCUAUUCUCUUAGCCAGUCCAAGCCUGCCAGUUUUACUGGCAUUGAUGCUGGAAUGGUCAAUGGACUAGCAACCCUCAAGCACUUGAGUGAGCUAAGCAACGUUCCAAUUAUAGAGAUAUGCCCUCUGUUUGGUAACAUCGAUCGUAACGGGACGCAAUCACUGUAUAGUCGCUUGUGCAAGCGCAGUGGGUUCCGGCUAGCGGAUGACGCAUUAAGCCUGGAAGCAGCAGAACCUAUAUCGGCCAAGCACUCUGCUGUAGCCGCAUUGUUGGGCGCGUCUGCUACAAAAUUGCAAAUUGUGUUAAACUCAUGUGGGCUGGAUGUAUCAUCCCCGCUGACACUGGAAACCCUUUCGGCUAUCUAUCGCACGCAGAAGCUUGCGUCUAUGUUUGGCAUAGAAAUGAAGCAGUAUAGUUCACUGGUAACUUUAUAUGGCUUCGAUACUCGUACUGCUAUCUCAAGCCCGUCAUAUGUACUGGCCAGCUUGAAACAGUGGAGGAUGCUCCAGGAAGCUGGUUUUACCCUCGAUCUACUCUGCAAGUUCCUUGGUUGCGACCAGUCGGACCUUUUGAAUGACUCCGAAAGACUUUCACAGACAAUGUUUGCCGGGAUUCAGAGCAUCGUAUCACAAUGGCCUGAGGUAAAAGUUGGAAAUACGUAUACAGAAGCCGAUGUGGCGGCCGCAGCGGCAGCCAUCGAUAGGGAACGAUCUACCGAGCUGAUCGAUUAUAUUGAAGGCAAGUUGAGCCAAAGAAUGGCAAGCAAACAGAUUGUCUGCACCACAGUUGAAAGCUCAACGACGACUGUGCAACGAGUUCCUGACACGCUACGAGAGCAUCUUUCUAUCUUCCGGGACGCAAAGCAGACGAAGGUAACCCUGCGAGGCCUACCAGAUGACCAGGUGAAAUCGUCAAUAGUCGACCUGGAAAUGGUAAAAGAAAGAAAGAAACCCUGGAAGACAGUGAUUGCCCAAUUGGUCGAAAAAGCGCAGCAAAUGGGUACUAAAAUCGCCGCUUUGAUGGGUGAUACCACCAUAGCUGAUAAACUGAAAUCUGCGAUUUGUCACGACAGACGCAUCUCAUUUCUACGAGCUGCUCGGAAGAAGAUUCGGACGCAGCAGAUCGAAGCGCUAGUUGUUGAUACUGUACAGCAAUCAGUUUCUGGCCUGGACACAAUUUCAGUCAAGUCAUUGCUAUCAGAAGGAUCACCAAAUUCUCUGGAUCGAACUACCAAUAGCCUGUUGGAGUUCUGUGCCGGAGGAGCGCUCGUUCCGCCUGUUAAUGGUGGCUUUCAGGCCGACGUCAGUGCGCUCACUCGCAACAUUCAGCGCAUAGAAGGAAUUCUCACCCAACUUGACAUAACACCCAAAGAGCUACGGGUCCUUCUACCGUGUCACAAGUUGGAAAGCUCAUUUGAACUGGACUCUAUAGUGAUGCUCGUUCAUUAUACGAAGCUACGAGCUUCACUGUCACCUUCCCAAGCAUCUGCCUGUAUCACCCUUUUCGAAUCCCAAACAGAAGCCAAUUCGAACCCCACAAACGCAGUCAAACGAAUCGCCAAUGCCACUGGAUGGUGUUUCUCUACCCUAAACACCAUUUUCAAUUCUAGGUAUCCUAUUUCUGCAGAUUCCGAGGCCGAAACAGCAUCUAGAAGUCCAAUCAAGUUAUUGCAGAUACAACGUGUUCUUGCGGCGUGUACCAAGCUUGACAUCAUGGAUGCGCAGAUCAAUGAACUGUUCGGCUAUUUAAAUGACAUAGGAACCGCAGACAAAGCGUUUUCCUUCGCAGAAUUGCUACGCCAAAAAGUCAAGGCUCGUUGCUCUGAAACACCAGCCAGCGCCCUAGGAAGCACUCAGACUGGCAUGAAUAGACUGAAAGAGCGGCGUCGCUCGGCCCUGACUGACUAUCUCCUAAUGGACGAUGACUUGCAGCUCCUUCGACUUGCGUCAGCCGAUGAUCUCUAUGACUACUUCCUCAUUGAUGUCAAGAUGGGUGCUGAGAUGGAAACGUCACGAAUUCGUCAGGCCAUCUCUACCAUCCAGCUGUUUAUGCAGAGGUGUUUCUUGGGAAUCGAAGAGAAGUAUGGCGUACCUGCCGCCGCCGUCAGAAGUCUAAAGAGUCUCUGGGGCACCCUCGGACGCUUUACUACCUGGGAAGCUAACCGGCGAGUAUUCCUCUUCCCUGAAAACUGGAUUGACCCGACUCUCCGUGACACCAAAACAGAGCCCUUCAAGGCUCUUGAGGCUUCUAUUCUACAAGGGGAUCUAACGGAAGAGUUUAUCUCGAAUGCGAUCAAGUCAUAUGUCUAUACAGUUCAGCCUAUCGCCCAUCUGGAUGUCCAGGCAUACCUCUGGGAUAAAGGCGACAAUGACCGCGCUCGUUUCCACUUUUUUGCCCGAACCCGUACAGAGCCGCAUCAGUAUUUUUACCGGUGUCUUGAACUCGAGCCAUUUGGUAAACUUGAACUGUUACCGUACUGGUACCCUUGGACCACCCUCGACAUCGGCACGCCGCCGCAAGCUGUCGACAACACCGGGGAAGCACAACCGAAGCCUGGCGCUUACAUGAUCCCCACACUUGUACGAGGUAGAAUCAUGCUAUUUGUUCCAGAGAUCUCGCUUAAGUCGAAGCCAUCCGAGGAAUUCGCCACCCAGAGCAUUACGACCAUGGCCACCAUGCCGCUCAACACGGCACAGCCGACCACCAAAUACUGGGAAAUCAAGAUGGCGUGGAUGGAGUUAAGAGACUCUAAGUGGUCUCCGCGUGUUGUAUCACCCGAUUCCCUAGUGGUUGAAGAGACAGCGAAGGAUCCCCUUCCAGCCAUUUCGGCGUUUCGCUUCCGGGUACGGGCUCGCUCGGCGAUGGACACGAGAACGGACCUGGCAGCAAAGUUUGCCACAGGUGUCGAUGGCAUUCUUGUGUUAGAUAUCGAAAGCUGGCGCAAAAUUAACAAUGUUAUUGAGCCUCGUUAUCUGGGCCAGUUUGAGAUGCGAGGAACUGAGCUAUAUCGGACUCAGAAUCUCGAGCCUGUAUUUGAUCAAGACUUGGAACCGACAACUUUGCCUACUAGAUUCUCCAAGCUAGAUUGGACAGUGGCUGAUAGGCACACUCGCCAAGUUCCUGGUCAACAAUUUCCGUCUUACGAACUCCAGUAUAGAAAGAAAGAGUCAGGCUCGGACACAACGAAAGCUUGCAUGAAACAGCCUCUUCUUGUUAAAAUCGGCGAGGACCCUAAAGACCCCCAGGAUCUAAGCUGGACACUCACGUUUGACGAUACACAGUCUUCACGACCUCUAGGAUUAUUAGUAGACGUUAAGAAAGCAUCCAGUGGCGCUCAAACAUUCUUCGCCCGGCCACGCACCAAGGAGCUCGAGAAUGAAGGAGAAGAUAUCUUAUCAGCAGUUGACGUCUUUCCUUUCCACCACACCUUCUCGAGCAACCUCCUCGACGCGGCUGUCACAGAGCCAUCAGUGGCAGGAAUCUACAGGGCAAUCAGCACUCGAGAAGGUGACUCGAACGCUUUUGGACUUUACGCAGACAAACUCUAUCAUGAAUUGUUUGACGCUUAUUCACAGUUUGAUCUUGCCCUCCAAGUUGCCCACCUCUUAUUCGACCCUACAAAGAAUCCCGACAAGCCUAGCAAUUGUUGGUCAUUUCCCCCUUUCAGAGAUAUCAAGGCGAUAAAGGGCCAAUCAAUCCGUUCAAUUUUGACGUCGCUGGCGCGGAAGGAGUCCAAGCUCUCGUAUACUGACGUUGCAAUUGCUGAGUGGAAAAAGAACGCUUUCAACGCACACAGUAUCGCAAGAGGGAGGCCUGCGGCGUAUAUGCGACGUGUAGCUCAGAAAUACGUCGAGACACUCAUUGCAGCGGGUGAUGCCAACUUCAGACAAGCCACUAUGGAGAGCAUCCCCAUGGCUAUCCAACGCUACAUCGAAGCGGCACAUGUCCUUGGUCCACGACCAGUCCAAGUCAAGAGCAUCGGUAAGAGGAAACCGCUCACGUUCAAUGGGCUCAUUAAUAAGGGUAAACUUGACACCUUCUCUAACGUAGCCAUCGAUAUGGAACUCGAGUUUCCUUAUUCAUGCCUACAACAUGGACAAGGAGGAAACAAGUCCCAGCCAGGCUCUUCGAAGGCAAAGAAAGGCCUGCUGGGCUUCCUUGCAACAACAUACUUCUACAUUCCAACAAACCCGCAACUUACAGCGCUAUGGGAUCUCAUUGGUGAUCGCCUGAGUAAGUUGCGAAGCUGCCAGGACAUCAACGGUAUGGCCCUCCGCUUGCCGCUCUUCGAUCCGCCCGUUGAUCCAGGUAUGCUUGUCAAUGCUGCUGCUGCUGGAAAUGCUGGUGUUUCCACUGUGAUGGGAGAACUGGACUCUCCUCUUCCGAACUACCGCUUCAUUUAUUUGGUCGGGAAGGCUGUUGAGAUGGUCAACCAGUUAAGCAGCUUGACGGACAUGUUUCUUUCUGCCAAAGAAAAGGGGGAUUCAGAAGCCUUUUCUCAAUUGAAAGCUCACCAGGAAUCCGUGAUGCAGGCUUUAUACCGUGAACAGAAACUUCUACAGAAAGAGGAGGCGGAGAAAAGUAUCGCUGCGCUCCGAGAUCUGCGACAGAACCACGAAAGCCGCCUUACAUACUACCUUCGCUUGAUUGGUGAAGAUCCCAAUACCAUGAUCCCAGACAAAGACACCAAAUGGACUGAUAUCGAGCAAGCAAUAAGCUCACCAUCCAAGGAUGAUCUUCGCAUGUCUAGAGAAGAGAAGCUUGAGUUCGAAAAGUCCCAAGAGGCAGCGGGUCUGUCUUUCACUGCAACAAUCUUGGAUACCACGGCAUCGACACUGAUGGCGCUUCCCAACCUCAUGACGCAAACACAACCAAUGGGUGUCGGCGUUUCUCUUAAAGUCGACGCAGAGAACAUAGCUAAGUGCAUGGGGGGUAUGUCCACAGUCAUGAAGCUCAGGGCUCAGAUGUGUGAGAUGGAAGGUGGUCGUGCCUCGCGGCGAGGAGGCCUCAUCAAGCAGUUGCAAGAUAGGCGCGCCCAAGCGAAUAUGGCAGGACGGGAGAUCAAACAGGUCGACAAACAGAUCGAGUCAGCUCUAGUACGAGUUCGCAUCUCCGAAGCCGAUAUCAAGGCACAACAAGAGAGUAUCCAGCAAGCGGCAGCGACAGAGGCAUGGUACAAGUCGAAGUACACGAAUGCGGCCCUCUACGCAUGGAUGGAAAACACAACCCGAGCGUUGUGCUUUGAUGCUUAUGGACUAGCAAUGGACCUGGCUCGAAAGGCAGAGAAAGCUUUCCAGUUUGAAAGAGGGCCACACAAAGCUGCCACGUCCGAAUUCAUAAGCAGCAAAGGGUACUGGAACAACGGCCAUGAUGGUCUUCUAGGGGCACAGACUCUACUUCUAGACUUGCGCCGCAUGGAGGCUGCGUAUAUGGAGUGCUCUCCGUUUGACUUUCAGAUCCAGAAGAAUGUUUCUCUUCGUCAGAUUAGUCCCCUUGCACUGAUGAACUUGAGAAUGACUGGCGUUGCCGUCUUCUCUGUCCCAGAGUCUCUGUACGAUCUCGACUUUCCUGGCCACUACUUCCGGCGUCUCAAAUCUGUCGCUGUCAGUAUUCCCUGCGUCACAGGCCCAUACGCAAGCCUCAAUUGCACACUCAGCCUCCUAGAACACAGCUAUCGUAUAAGCCCACUGGCAUCAAGUGGAGACUAUAUACGCCGAGAAAGUGAUGAUCGCUUCCGCACCGAUCGCAUACCCGUCAGUUCGAUUGCUCUCAGUCAACGUAGUGCCGAUAGUGGUGUCUUUGAACUCAACUUCAACAGUGAGCGAUAUCUGCCUUUCGAAAAUGCGGGUGCCAUUAGCACAUGGAAACUAGAGUUGCCGCAACAUGUCCGCCAAUUCUCCUAUGAAACCAUCAGCGAUGUUAUUCUGCACCUCAAGUACACAUCACGCCAGGGAGGAGCGCAGCUCCGCACCUCAGCUGUGGAUGCUGUGAGUCGCCUAAUGGCCGCUGCCGAUGGUGUUAGCGAGAGUGAUGGAUUGUUUGCUCUGAUUGACGUCGCUAGUGAUUUCGCAAACGCUUGGGCAUUAGCUCAAUCUCAAGCUCAGACUGGACAAGCUGGCGAUCUCCUGGUUUCUAUAGGCGACAUUGGCGUGGUGCUACCCUACUGGUCCGUCGGCUACGCCGUUAAGAUCCAGUCUGUCACACUCAUCUCGCGCUGUAGUUCAGAGGUCGGCGCUAGCUUCUCUGUCGACUUGCUCUAUGGCAAAAAUAAUGAAAGAAGCUUUGGGGACAAUGUCAGCCGUAAUGAUGGCUGGGAUGUUCGUGAGAUCUCGAAUCUUGAUGCUGACGUCGCCAAUUGGGGGCUACGAUUGAAGCGCAAGAAUCAGGGCGGGGAUCUAAAACUCGCAUCGGUUAAAACCAUGUACUUAAUCAUGCAGUACACGAGGACACAGCAAUUGUCUAGAGUUUGA